AUGAAUCGAAUGUCUGGUUUCUUCUUUUGCUCACUGGUGCUGCUGAUGCAAGUUUGCUCUUACCUUCAAGUUGCUGCCAAUGAAGACCCCCAGACACCCGGAAGAUCUUGUGCAAACUGGAUGGGAGGAGCACCAGGUUAUCCAGGUCAUAAUGGAAUUCCAGGAAGAGAUGGAAGAGAUGGGCAGAAUGGCCAAAAGGGAGACAUAGGCGAGCAAGGUCCACCUGGCCCAAAAGGGGAGAGUGGAAACACAGGAGUGGCUGGUGCACCAGGAUUUAUAGGACCCCCUGGUGCACCAGGACUGCAUGGACUGAAAGGGGAAAAGGGUGAAAGUGCCUCCAUUUAUCGAUCUGCCUUCAGUGUUGGUUUAACCACCAGAGUUCCCCACCCCAACAUUCCUAUCAAGUUUUCAAAGAUCCACUACAAUGAGCAAAAUCAUUACGAUCCAACAACAGGGAAGUUCCGGUGCAGCAUUCCAGGAGUGUAUUAUUUUGCAUAUCAUCUCACUGUGUAUCUGUCAGAUGUGAAAGUGAGCUUGUUCAAGAGUAGCAAGCCAAUCAUAAUCACUUAUGACCAGUAUCAGAAAAACAAUGUUGACCAGGCAUCUGGCUCUGUUUUGCUCCAUGUAGAAAGUGGAGAAGAAGUUUGGCUUCAAGUAUAUGGAGAAGAAGAGAACAAUGGUAUCUAUGCUGAUAAUAUUAAUGAUUCUACUUUCAUGGGAUUCUUGCUCUAUCCAGACUUAGAUUAUCAGCAUUAGCCUGGGAGAAAUGAAUGGUAGAGAAUACUUUUGGAGACAUAGGCCAU